AUGUCGUUCCUUACGCCCACGGCUUCGUCGAUCAAUGGAUCAUACUAUACACCAGAUGAAGACACAUUCUUGCAGACAAGGCGGCGAAUCAGCUUCUCCAAUCGAGGAACGCUAAACUCGUCCACUCCUGUUGGAUCUGCGCAUGUUACACCAUCUCCUAGAAAAUCGAUCCCAGCGUUGUCUCCAAGCAAGUCCGCUGGUAUACCCAAUACCCCGAUCAAACCCCUAGUCUCAUCUCCAUUCAAAGUUCCCCAGAGCACUAAACCGUUAAUAUCUUCGACUCCUUUAGCUGGACCAAAUACUCCUGUCAAGGGACCCAUGUCGCCUCUUUUGCGCAAGAAAUUCCAACAACAGUUUCCCGGCACUCCUCAACAGUCUGAGAAGCAAUCACCACAAUCGAUUAAUAGCAACAUUUACCAGCGAUCGAUAUUCAAGCCAAGACAUAAGUCGCCUUUGAAAGAGAGCACAAACCUGCCAACACAGGAGAAACCAGCCCAGGUCGAAUCCAAAGAUGAAAGCGAACUGCAAAGUCCCUACGUCGAGCUCGCCCUGAGUAGAAUAGUCAACCGCGACGCCGAAAUUCGCACAGUGAUAGUGAACACACUAAUGAUACUGUUGUACCGGUUCCUUGUGGCAGUGAUUGUUCUGCUCAACGUGAAGUUUAGGCUUCGUGACGGGACAUCGCUAUUUCCGGCCAUAUUCAUCCAAUACUCGAGUUACGUGAAUCGCACAGUAUACGGAAUCCUGCUGUUCAAUAUCGGUGUGAGCUCGCUGCGGCUGAUGAAACCUCAGGACAAAUGUCUGGACCUGCCGUUGACAAGUCGCCAGCGCAAACUGCUCGGUCUUCCGCUGGUGAACGGGAUAGACGCGCAGGAAGAACUAGAGGCUGAUCGGUCGGAGCAAAAAGUUUUGACUGGCAGCCCAAGCAAGGAUGUGGCCGACACGUCGCUUCUGGCGCUCGAUAUAUCAAGAUCAUUUGCGAAUAUGAACAUCUCACAGACAAAAUCGCCGGCUACGCUUGUUUCCGAGACGCCUCAGGAGAGGAUCCGCAAACAGCUACUUUCCAGAGACAACGGGCCUGCGUCGCCACAAGCUCGUUUCAAGAAGCCCUCGAGCAAAUUCUUGUAUGAGACGACCUCUGCAGGGGGAUUCGACGUCAACAAUUCCGACGUGUCGUUCUAUUAG